AGCCCUGUUCCGGAAGAUGACAUCGCGAGAAGGUGUGUUUCCGGAAGACGUGGCUGUUGCUGCAGUGGCAGGCAGCUGUCAUCCAAAUUGUUCUAAGAGGAGCACUCGAGUUACUGCUGUAGCACUUUCUCUACUUCUGCUGUGUCUUCACCCGUUUACUCGGCGACAAGAUGAUUUCGCUAACGGACUCCCAAAAGAUUGGAAUGGGAUUAACAGGCUUCGGCGUGUUUUUCCUCUUCUUUGGGAUGAUCCUGUUUUUUGACAAAGCACUGCUGGCUAUUGGAAAUAUCCUGUUUGUUGCUGGACUCGCAUUUGUCAUCGGGCUGGAGAGGACCUUCCGUUUCUUCUUCCAGAAGCACAAGAUGAAGGCCACCGGUUUCUUCCUGGGAGGCGUGUUCGUGGUGCUGAUCGGCUGGCCUAUUAUUGGAGUAGUCCUGGAGAUUUAUGGCUUUUUUCUGUUGUUCAGGGGUUUCUUCCCAGUUGUCAUAGGCUUCAUCAGAAGAAUACCUGUCCUCGGCUCGAUCUUAAACCUGCCGUUCAUCAGAGCACCUUCGUAAGGCUGUGAGGACAAUCAGCAGUCGUGUAUGUGGACAGAGCGGGCGAGAGCAACACCAUGGUAUAACAGUGACUUUUUUUGGAGCCACAGAAGGCUGUUUGAGUUCAGCAGGUUUUUUAAAGCCACACACACACACACACACUCUCUCUCUCUCUCCCAUUGUGCUGAUUUACAGCAGCUACAGUUAUAUGUUCAGAUUCUUCCCUCCACCAGCAGGCAAAGACUGCUUUCUCUUCUCUGUAAUUUCACUGGUCAGCGCUUCCUGUCAAAGGUUCAUCAGCGCCGCACACCACCAGUCUGUUACUAAAGGAUGGAGUUACUAAGGUCACUGUAAUAAAUACUUCAAAUGCUAUUGAUCUCUUCACCACUGAGUGCAUCUGGCAUGAUAAUGGAGGAUGGAAGACUCAUCGUCAGAGGCUCAUCGACUGUCUUUUUGACUUUUUCACUCUGUGGAAGAAACGGACUAAACUACACCACCCACACUCGCAAGGAUGAGAACAGGACAGACAGCUUUCAAUGUUGUCUUAUUUCUGUUCCUGUGCUUUAACUUUAUUUUGACUACAGCUUUUAUGUCCAAUUUGUUUUUUGUCUUCAAUUGUGGGCACUUUUUAAAACCAUCUAAAGGACUAAAGUGCAUGGCUCAUUUUGGUCUUGUCCAAAUCAGCCUUUGCUAGUUUCCCCAUGGGGAAAUAAAAGAAGGAAGGUUGUCUUUGUCAAACUGUGUAAUUCAAAAGGUUUGUACCUAAAGCUGAUUCAUAGUUUCACGUAUGUUCACAUGCAGCCCAAAAACGUGUGACAGCAUUAACUAAGAUGUGUCUGAGUAUGCAAGUAGGACAUGUAUGUUGGAGUGGAAUAGAACGUGGCAUCGGGUACACACGUGUGCCAAUCCUGACUAACACAGACUUUCAUUUUAGCGUGAAUGGAACUGUGGGCAAAAGUGAGUGCAAAUCUUUCAAGUUUGGGUCUCGUAAACGUGCAACAUGCCAGACUGUGUGCCAACAUGUCACACCAAAACAAAUUAUCUUCACUUAUGAGUCCAGAAGGAGACGAGAAAGAGAACCUUUGUCUGUGAAAAUGGAGAAAUUGUUCCAGUUGUGCAUAUUGUACCUUUUUAAAAUCACAGUAUAAUAUUACACAACAGUCUUCAGACCAGAUGUUUUUGUAGGUCAAAGCACAAUCGUUUUCUGCUCUCCUGAAUGUGCCAAAAUCUGAAUUUGCAAAAAAAAAAUACACUGGGCAUGAAAGUGACAGCUGUAUCUGUUUGAAACUAGCAAAAAUGAUAGUGCUUUUGCACUAGUUUAUGCUUGAUGUUAGAUGGAGCCCUUUGUUUUUUGUUUAUGUGUGUGUGUGUGUCGCAGCUAUUUGAAUACCAAUUGUGGCUAUUGCAAUACUUUCCCUUUGUUACAUGUCAUUUCUGUUGGCUAAUAUAGUAUAUAAAUUAUUUUUUAAAUGA